AUGUCUGAUAGAUCUAGCUUAUCCUCUCUGAGCAGUGUGGAGGAAGAGACACAUUCGUUCGAGAAUGCCCCUCCAAUCCAACUUGAGGCAGAUACAACAACAGAUCAACAGCGAAGAAGAGGUUCACUAUUGAGAAGGCUUUCCACUGGAUUGUCUAUUCCUCUGCUGCUUGAUUCUGAUCAAACAAGAACUUAUCGGGUGAGGAGACAGCCUACGAACUAUUCAUUUGCAGGUAUCUCCACAGGGGUUGAAGCUGAAGGUGAGGCUGGGUUACAUGACUAUUACUUUGGGACAGAUGCAAUCCAAAAAUCCGUUACUAGAAAGACGACCUCUGACGCUGAAAAACUAGAAGAAUUUCCACAAAAGUUUGAAGGUCAAUAUGCUUCUGAUCCAGGUGCAGAUAAUACUGAGUUGAGUAGUCAACUCCCUGCUACACCGAUAGCAAGACGAAGAUCUACAGUGGUUCAAAAAAUCCAAAGUAUAUCACAGAGAUUUGGAUUUUGGGACAAAGAGUUCCAUAAUGAUAGAGUAAAAAUGAUAAUGGCAUUUCUUUCAAAUUAUAUAUACUUAGUAAUAGGUUUCAUUCUACCAUUAUGUAUCUAUUGGGGCUCAUAUUAUGAGAGAGCUUCAAGGUACAAAGAUUUAAAGUUCUUGGUAGUUUUAGCUGAAGAAGAAGUAGCAGGUAUUCCACCUAUAAUAAGUGGAGUUGUUGAAUACUUUUUCACUAAUGUGACAGCAAUACAGGCCUUGGGGGACUUUAGGGUUAUGAAUUUCACCCAAAUCACAACCCUAUCCCAGCUGCAUAACUUGACGAUUCAAGAAGAAGUUUAUCGUCAAAUUCAUCAUCAAAAGUAUUGGACUGCAUUUUAUGUAAAAGAAAAUGCAACCUUUAAUUACUAUUCAGCAUUGAAACUGGCAAAUACCACCUUUAAUCCAUCAGUAUCAUUAAUGCAAGCUAUUUAUGAGACAGGCAGUAACUUUAAUGCAGUGAAUAAUUAUAUUGUUUCAAUUGUCAAUAAUAUUAUCCAGGGAUACCUUACAUACCUUCCAAAGACCGCAUUACUUGGUGAUUUAUUGCAGGCACUUGAUGAGGAUGAAAUAGCUUCAGUCGCAAGCACUGCGCCAAACUUAUUAACUUCAUUAGUAACAUUUGAGAUCAUUGACCUUAUUCCUGUGACCAAUCAAAUUUUUACAGGUAUAUUAUCAAUUGCUUUAAUUUACAUUGUCCUAUUUACAUUUUUCCAAUACCUUUUCCUGGUUUCCAUACAUACUUACAUCGCAACUAAAAUCUCAGGAGGUGGGUACAUCGCCUUUAGAAUGCUUGUCUCGCAGAUUUCCUAUCUUUUCCUAGCAUUAGCAUUCGUGGUAUUGAACACUGCCUUUCAAAUAUCUCCAUCAAAGACAUUCGGGAAGCUGGGAUUUUUGGUGAUUUGGGCAUGGAUCUACUUGUUGAUGUCUUCUUUAGGAAGUUUCAUUGAAGCUCUAGGUCUUAUAAUGGUUAUAUACAAGCCACAAUUGAUUGGAUUUGUUUUAUUAUUCGUCGCAGUUAUAAAUGUUGCGCCAGUUGUUUCACCCAUUGUUCUCUGUCCUCCAUUUUAUAGAUAUGGGUAUGCGAUGCCUGUUCAUGCUGCAUACGAUUUAAUGCAUGUAGCGUAUUUCAAUUCCUGGAAAGGGAGAGUUGGAUUGGAUAUUGGUAUCAUGAUAGCUUGGAUGAUUAUAUCAAACAUAGCGUUACCUUUUGUAAUGAGAUGGAUGGGUGAGAAAAUAGCGAAGAGAAAGGAAGAAGCAGCGGCAGCUGCUGCUGCUGCCGCUGCGACGGAGGAUACAGCAGAAGAUUUGACGAAGAUAGAAACUAAUACAGAAACUUCUGUUAGAUCUACAACUGAACGAGUGGAAACUAACUCCAAACUUGAUAACGAUUCAGUAUUAGCUUCAUACAAUCCGGAUAAUCGAGAAUGA